AUGACGAGCGACGACCAGUUCUUCUUUGACUAUCUCUCGUCUAUACCCCAUGACGUAAGGCGGUAUUCCCUCGAAGUCGCCGACUCGAUCGACCGACAAGUCGACCAUGCCGCACAUGUGAUCAAGGAUGUGCUGGCCCAGCAGUCAUGGCUACCGCCCACUGUUCGCCCAGGUCGUUCCCCAAGAAUGCAAUCAUCGCAAGGCUUAACGGAGCGGAUCCAAAACUGGGUAGCUCGGAAUCGCGCAUGGUCGGCGGCCAUCCUCGCAUUUAUCGGCACCGGUGUUGUCUUAUACUAUGGAAACAAGAAGCUACACGGAAAACGGAGAAAAGCCAGAAGAGCGAGCAACGGUGCAAGGAAAGAGAUUGUUGUUGUUGCCGGAUCGCCACAUGAGCCGAUGACAAGGGCUAUUGCCAUGGAUUUGGAACGUCGAGGAUAUAUUGUAUAUGUGACUGUUUCUUCCGCGGAUGAAGAGCAUAUCGUCAAGUCCGAGAAUCGUGUUGACAUUAAGGCUCUCUGGUUGGACCUUACAACUACAUCCUCCUCGCCGUCCGAAAUUCAUCCCUCGUUGCAAGAGCUUCGCUCCUUGAUCACUCAGGCACAGUCACCUAUCGCCGGAGUGCCCCCGCACACCUGCCAACUGAGCGGCCUUAUCGUGGCCCCAUCACCUAAUUAUAGUGCAGGCCCUGUCGCAACAAUCCCGCCGUCAUCGUGGGCUGAUACGGUCAACACCCGUCUCCUCUCGCCUAUCCUCACAGUCCAGGCAUUCCUCCCCCUGCUGACCCUCCGCAGCAAUAGUAGCACCAUUGUGUUCGCAUAUCCCUCCAUAUCAUCUUCUCUUUCCGCACCAUUUGCAGGACCCGAAGUCGCCACAGCCCGAGCAAUCUCAGGCUUCGCAGCCUCACUUCGCCAGGAACUUCGUCUCCUCGAACAGGGCAAUGUCGAUGUCGUCGAGCUACACCUAGGCAACAUUGACCUAGGGCCUACAUACCGACAUGGCCAGAAUCAGAUCGCAGGCACAGAAGUUCUCGCGUGGAGUACCCAGCAGCGAGCCCUUUAUGCGUCACAGUAUUUGUCAAGCGUUGAGCAGCGCCCAGUCGCCUCUGCUGGUCCUAGCACAAUACGCGGAUCUCCGGCGCGGAACCUUCAUCAUGCUAUUUUGGAUGCUUUGGAGCCAGUCUCACGGGAUAUGUUCGGCCGGAAAGUGUCGAAGAAAUCUGUGAUGUACGUGGGCCGGGGAGCUCGAUCAUACAGUCUGAUCGGGGCCUGGGUUCCUAGUGGACUCGUGGCGCUGAUGAUGGGCUACCGCAGUGGGAAUGGGAUGAACCCCGAGACCCCGAGUGGCAGCGGCAGUGAAACCAGCUGGGAGAGAGUUUAA